AUGCACGCUCCAUCUUUGAGCAGUGCAAAAAGGAGACCCGACCGGUGGCAAAAACGGAGGCUGGCGAGAGACAGAAGCAAUAGGAGGACUCGACCAACGGCGAAGGCGUCUUCCGUCAUUUUUGGCAAGAGAGAAUCGAGACGACCAUCGAGUUGUCCUGCGUCGACGAUUGUAGCGGAGAAGGCAGUUUGGUCCCUCGAGAAGCAAUUAGAGUUCAAACGUCGGCAGAGUAGCCAAGCUUAA